AUGCGUCUCCACCAAGUUAUCACUGGAUCCAGAAAUAAUGGACGCAAUUGUCUUGCAUGCUUAAAUUUUUCGAAGUCAUUCUAUUUGAUAUAUGGAUGUAGCCGCAAUCUCGUUAUUUUGGAUAAAUAUCUUUUCCAAAUUCAAGUAAUUGCUGAUGCUAUUGGAUCUGAUUCUGGAGAAAUCUGCUGCUUGUCAUGUGAAGAUCUAAGUGGAUUAAUAGCAGUGUCGAAUGGCAAAGAUAUUGCAAUUUUUGAACCCAAUCCCUCCAAAAUUGCCUGGGGAGACCUCUGCAAAUUUUCUCCUGGAGGUUCAAUCUCUGCACUGAGCUGGUUCCCGCAUUCCUCCAAGUGUCAGUCACCUCUUCUUGCCAUUGGAUCUUCUCUAAACAACAGUGACCACCAUGUUUCGUGUUGGCGUUUGAAUUGGCCUACUAAUGCGGCUUCCAAUAUCUUCCAACAAUUAUGGGUAUUCCGAAACCCAGACCCAGUUAAUUAUCUUAGCGUUUCCCCGGAUGGUCGCUUUGUCGCCACAUUAGCUUCGUCGUCGAAUGACUUGAGAGUUUGGUAUGCGAUUGGUAGAUUUUCAUCUAGUCGUCAAUCUGAUGAAAGCCAAUCGAAUUGGCUUCCUUGCCUUCUCAGACAUCCGGAACACGUUGUUUCAUUUUCUUGGAGAUCUAUGCCUCGAUAUCUCCCACCAGGAUGGUUGCCCAAUGCGUUGUUGACGUCUUGCAAAGAUGGAGUUGCUCGAGUUUGGUUUGAGGAUGCCUUGGGAGCACAUCGGAACUUUCCAAUUCGCGAUGACCGUUCACCCAACCGAAAAAUAUCGUCUAACCUCGUCAACGAGAAUUCAAAUGAAAAGGGCCUGCUACCUACAAUUCUGUUCGAACAUCCCGUCCUGAAUUUCUACUUCCGCCUCUGGUUAGUCACUUAUUGCUCCACUGUGGAUAUCAAUUUGUUGCUCUAUUGUCUUGUAGAGGCACUUUAA